UAGCGUUACGUGAUUCACAGUUAGCUAGCGUUGUUAUGCUGACGAGGUCUAGUGUGAGAAAGAACGUUAUCGACAGUAGCAAUCUAAUGUUAACCAGCUGGUGUUCUCUACGUAACAUUAAUCAGCCGCUGCUAGCCAGGUAUUGUGGUGUGUAGGUAGUAGGUAACGUCUAUGUACUAUAUAUAUAUAUAUAUAUAUAUAUAUACACACACAAAAGUAUGUGGCCACCCCAACAAAUUAGUGGAUUCAGUUAUUUCAUUUUAUACACCCGUUGCUGACAGGUGUAUAAAAUCGAGCACACAGCAAUGCAAUUUCCACAGACUAAUAUUGGCAGUAGAAGGGCCUUACUGAAGAACUGUGACUUUCAACGUGGCACCGUCAUAGUAUGCUACUUUUCCAACAAGUCAGUUCAUAAAAUUUCUGCCCUGCCCGUUCAACUGUAAGUGCCGUUAUUGUGAAGUGGAAACGUAUAGGAGUAACAACGCCCCAGUCGUGAAGUGGUAGGCCACACAAGCUCGCAGAACGGGACCAACGAUUGCUGAAGAGCAUAGCGCGUAAAACUCAUAUGUCCUUGGUUGCAACACUUCUACCGAGUUACUUCCAGAGGCUGUUUGGAACAUCAGUCAGCACAAGAACUGUCUUCUGGAGCUUCAUGAAAUGGAUUUCCAUUGCCAAGCAACCACACAAUAGCCUAAAAUCACAAUGCCAAGCGUCGGCUGGAGUGGUGUAAAGCUCGCCGCCAUUGGACUCUGUGGAAACGUGUUCUCUGGCGUGAUGAAUCACGCUUCACCAUCUGGCAGUCCGAUGGAGGAAUCUGGGUUUGGCUGAUGCCAAAAGAAUGCUACCUGCCCGACUUCAUAGUGCCAACUGUGAAGUUUGGUGGAGGAGGAAUGGUCUGGGGCUGUUUUUCAUGGUUCGGGCUAGGCCCCUUAGUUCCAGUGACAGGACAUCUCUUAUACAAUGACAUUCUAGACAAUGCUGUGCUUCCAACUUUGUGGCAACAGUUUGAGGAUGGCCCUUUCCUGUUUCAGCAUGACAAUGCCCAGUGCACUAAGCGAGUUCCAUACAGAAAUUGUUGUCAAGAUUGUGUGGAAGAACUGAACUGACCUGCACAGAGCCCUGAACUCAACCCCACCUAACGCCUUUGGGAUUAAUUGGAACGCCAACUGCGAGCCAGGCCUAAUCGCCCGACAUCAAUAAUGCUCUGGUGGCUGAAUGGAAGGAAGUCCCCGCAGUAAUUUUACAACAUCUAGUGGAAAGCCUUUCCAGAAGAGUGGAGGCUGUUAUAGCAGCAAAGGGGGGACCAACUCCACAUACUUGUGGCCACAUACUUUUGGUUGAGCUAAAUCCCUCUGCAGUGGAAGUAAAAUAUGUGCAAUGGAAUGGUAGAGUCAAUGUCAAAAGCCCUUGAGCUGCUCACCUCAGCUGACAAGCGGGCACUUUCACUGUUGCUCUUUCUGACUGUGCUAUCCACGGGACAAGGGUCAGGAUGUGUGAGGCCAUUCAUGGUGCAGAACAGCUGGGUCAACCUGACAGAGACCAACAGGGGUUCCUUCCCUGUGGGCACGGUGCUCCAGUACAGCUGUGACCCAGGCUAUCUGGCUGAUGGGCCCAGCAUCAUCACAUGCAACCCCCUGGGCCUCUGGACCUCAGACCCACCCCACUGCAAACGGAGUGACGCAGUGUGCCGGCCUCUGUUUGAGCCUGAGAAUGGAGGGUACACCUGCCACCCGUCUCCCUGCCAUCGGCUAGGCCAGGGCACUGUGAUCGAGUACUUCUGUGAUGAAGGCUUCAUCCUGAAGGGAGACUACAAGUACAAAUAUCUUACCUGUCAGGAUGGGGAGUGGGACGGCCCCAUGCAAAUGAGCUGUGUCAACCAAGGAUGUGCGAGGCCGUUUAUGGUCCAACAUGGGUCAGUCAACCUGACAGAGACCAACGGGGCUUCCUUUCCUGUCGGCACGGUGCUCCAGUACAGCUGUGACCCAGGCUUCCUGGAGGAUGGGCCCAACAUCCUGACCUGCACCCUCCUGGGCCACUGGUCCUCAGACCCACCCCGCUGCAUACACAGUGAUAUGUGUCUGCCUCCAUUUGAGCCAGAGAAUGGGGGUUACACCUGCCACCCGUCCCCCUGCCAUAGACUGAACCAUCGCACUGUGAUCGAGUACUUCUGUGAUGAAGGCUACAUCCUGAAGGGAGACUACAAAUACCUGACCUGUCAGGACGGGGAGUGGGACGGUCCCAUGCAGAUUAGCUGUCUCCUGGACCAAGACAGAGACCCUGCCCUGCCGUUGGGCAUACCCACCCUGUCCAUCGUGGCCUCCACUGCCAGCUCUGUAGCCCUCAUCCUGCUGCUGGUGGUCCUGUUUGUCCUGCUGCAGCCAAAACUCAAGUCCUUCAACCACAGCCGCCGUGAGCAGGGGGUGUCAGGCCAGCCCGUGUCCAUCAUGGUGGAGGGGGUGCAGGUGGCCCUGCCCUCCUAUGAGGAGGCGGUGUGUGGCGGAGGGGGUCUGAGUCUCAGCUCUGAGUCCCGGGUCCAAAUAGUGCUGUCAGAGGGCCAGCAGGCUGCAGGGACGACCGAGCCGCUCAUUGCACAGGCCAGGCCCUCCACCCUCUCCCAGCUCUCAGAGAUGGCAUUGGUUCACCCAGUACCACCAUCCUUCACUUCUUCCCCUUCAUACUCCUCCUGCUGGGGCCCGGAGCAGGCUGCUGCUGCAGCGCCUUCACCUUCACAGCGGAGGGACUCCACUGGCAGUGAGCAGCACAGUCUGCCCCUCCUCAACUCUGAGAUGGACUACACUGACGAUAUGCCUUUGUUAAAGGAGGCCUGAAUCAUGCUGCAGCCACUUGGGCGUACAUUAGAGACAUCCAGGGUUGCUGUUGUGCGGCUGUGUUGAGUCAGAGGCAUGUAUGAAGCUCCCCACUGCAGCAGCUGCCAACACAAGACUACCCACCAGCCUCCUCCAGGGGCACUAAGUGAGGCCGUGUCAUGCUCAGCAGAAUGUUGCUUCUCCCCCAUCCAGAGGAGGGCUCAGAGGGGUUUAACAUGUACAUAAUGCUUAGCCAUUUUCUAAGUGUCUGACACUUGUUCUUUUAACCAUUGGCUUAGCACAGGGACGUAACUGUAAAAGAAUGACCACCCUGUAUGUUGGAUGGUCUUCUGGAAAGCUCGAUAUGACAUUUGAAAAUUCUCUUUACAGCAUUACAUGUAUUUUUUUUCAGUGGUUAAACACAUUUUAUGAGCUAAUCAUUGCACCCAUCACCUAUUUGUACCAUGUCGACCUGUUUUUACAUGAUCACUGCAGAACAUGCACAGCAGCAUGUUAGGAAUGAUGCAUGAAGACCACUGCAACUUAGAUUGAACUGGUCAUUCACACAUACACAGAUUUGACCAUUUAUGCUCGAUAAGGUAAGUAAGAGUAACUUGUGAUAAUAUUCUGAAUGGGGUUCUUAAUGGCACAACUAAUUGAUGUCACGUAUCCAUUCUGAUCAUAGUUUUGAGCGCAGUGUUUUUUUUUUUCAUGCACUUAUUAGAUGAUUUUGCUGAAGGCCAGUGUUCCCUAGGUUGAGGCACACCUCUCAGCUUAUUGACAUUGGGCUUAGUGUUUAUAUCCUCUUAUUCAUGUCAGUACACCUUUUCCCAGGUGGCCUUAGAGCUCCACUUCUAUGCACAAAAAGCAUUUGUAUUGAGGUUCCUUCCUAAAAAAAAGGAUUUUAAAAUUGUCCAUUUUCGCUCUUCACAGCUCCGUGAUGUAACAAAUUGGAGCAUAGUUGGUGGUUCUUGGAGACCUGACAAUGUUACACUUUAUAUUUAUUUGUGGGUUUAAAAUGAUGCAUUAAGUUAAGAUGGGUAAACUAAAUUGAGGAUUUAGUAUAUUCAUGUCCAGAAUGCUGUUGAUCAGCCAUGGUUGCUUGGAUGCUUCCACAAUUCUUGAGAAAGCAUAUUAAGACGUGUCUUUUAACAUUGCCACCUUGGUGGACUCAUAAGGACAUAAUAUAAGGAAGACUAAAGUUAAUUGGGUUAACCAUAGUUCAAAACAGAUCAUUAUUGUUAUGUACAGAAGCUUAGUGUCAUGUCUUUUCAAAUGGUUUCAGUUGCUUUGAGACUACACAAUGCAAUUGGUGUAAAGAUAGUAUUUUAAUAUUUGAAAAAAGGUUUGUUAAUUUUACUCUGUAAAUACCCUGUUUAUAAUUUUGAAUAAAUAUAAUUUGAGCUGUGCAA